AUGGCAAGAGCUAUUUGGUCAAACCUGAACAAGUUGCGCGAAGAUGGCAAAUCAGCCUCAAAUGUGCCCGUCGUACUCCUGAGAAAACAACCCAGCGUGCUUUGCGGGACUGGACUAAAGUUGAAGGCUCAAGACAAUUUCGCCCCACUCAAUUCCAACUUGAAUAUCCUAGGUUGCGUGCUGAUAUUUGGGCUGAUAUCAAACAAGGCCCCUGUCCCCUGUGUUUCUGCUGAAGGAAAUAAGUAUGUUGCUGUCUAUGCUGCUGCCUGUCAAUGGGCCCGUGGCUACGCUUUGAAGAAAGAAUCUGAAGUGAGCAACUCGCUCAAGGAACUAUUUUGUGACAUUAGCUUUCCAAGAGUUCUCCGACCUGAUGAUGCUCAAUUGUUGGCUACUGGAGAAUUUCGAAGAGUCGCAAAUAAGGCCCAGGUUCCAAUACAUCCUAGCGAGCCUUACAAUCCUGAUCAAGCAAGAAGAGGGAUCCCAAAAGCGUUUUGGGAUUGA